UGCGUUGGUAGUUCAAUAAAUUGUUGCUGGGCGAAAGUGCGUAUAUGAAAUUCCCGGGACGUAUCUCUUCCGUUGUAGUCUAGAAGAAAGAAAAAAAAAAAUUGCUUUGGCGCCCGUACUGAUUUGCGAACUUUCAGGUCUGUUUUGUAUUAAUUAUGAAGUGAAUGUUGAUUUCAUUAACGCGUAAAACUUUCAAAGCAUUACUUUUCCCUGCAUUGUGCGAAUUUCAUCUAAAAUUUGUGUCGUAUUCAACGAUGAGCCAACCGAAAAGGUAUUUUCUUAACAAAUUGAACGAUUACGACGGCGAAGAAAUUAGUGUUUCAGAAAAUGAAUGGAAACAGAAAUUAUUACAAGUAGUGAAUGUAAUCAAAGAACGACAGCCUCCUCGAGUUCAUGAUGCUGACGGGGGAUUGUAUGUCGGCGUUGGAGGCAUAGGUUACAUGUACUAUUUUUUGAGUCAGUCACCUCUCUGUAGCGUUGAAAAAGCUGAUUUUGUUAAAAAGGGAUUAAAUUAUAUCGAUGCUUCGUUAUCCUACAUUGAUUCUCACAAAGGUGACCAUUCACAAAAAUCCGCCUUCCUGUUGGGAUAUGCCGGCAUAUAUGCAGUUGCAGCUGUAUUAAAUAACUCUGCAGGAAAUAAAGAGGCGGCUGAAAAGUAUCUAAGGAAGUACAUUAAAGCAGCAGAUAACUGCAUGCCAGUUCAUUAUUUGAGAUGUGGUGGUGAUGAAUUACUUGUUGGGCGGGCAGGUUAUUUAUCAGGGGCUUUGUGGUUGGAGAAAGAACUUGGAAACGGCACUAUUCCUCCUAAAAUUAUGAAAAAUUUGUGUGAUUCAAUGAUACAGUCUGGAAGAGAAUAUGCUCGCAAAUAUAAAAGCCCAUGUCCAUUAAUGUUUGCAUACUAUGACACAGAGUAUUUAGGAGCUGCUCAUGGGUUAAGUACUAUAUUGCAAAUGAUUUUGACAGUUCCUGGCUACCUUCAAUCAGAUCCCAAAGCUGAAUUUGAUGUCAGAACUAGUGUUGAUUACCUAUUGAAUCUACAAACUGCAUCAGGCAAUUUUCCAUGUGCGACAGAUGAAUUGGGCCGAAGGGCACGGUCAGAAUCAGAUGAAUUGGUACACUGGUGCCAUGGUGCUCCAGGUGUUGUGUAUCUAAUGGCCAAAGCAUAUUUGCAUUGGAAGGAUGAAAAAUAUUUGCAAGCAUGUAUAAAGUGUGGAGAUAUUGUAUGGAAUAAAGGUCUUCUUAAAAAAGGACCAGGAAUAUGCCAUGGUGUGGCAGGUAAUGCAUAUGUGUUCCUGUUGUUGUAUCGCCUGACAAAUGAUAAGAAAUAUCUUCAUCGGGCCCAAGCAUUUGCUCAGUUUAUGUUUACCUCAGAGUUUGAGAAAGGAGCUCGCACACCUGAUUGUCCAUUUAGCCUCUACGAGGGAUGGGCUGGCAGUGCUUGCUUUUUGGCAGAUCUUGCAAGGCCCCAGAGCGCUGCUUUCCCAUUUCUUGAUGUCUUCUAAUCAUUUUUUUUCCCACAAACCUUCUUUCUUUCUAAUACUCUGAAAUUAAAUCAAGAUUGUUAAAACAGGGGGUGGGUCAUGAUUUCCCUGAUUUUUUUGAUGAUACACUUACAUUUUUUUUUAACAAACUCGGAAGAAUUCUGUUCUUGGCGAAAUUAAUUAUAUCAAAUAUUAUAUUAUAUCUGUUGUUACAAUUGUGUUUUGUAGGAAUGAAUUUUUUUUGUGCAACAGUUUAAAGUAAAAUUUUGCAUUAGAACAUCGAUGAUAAAAACAAACAAGAACUGAAGUGAGUCUUGUAUGUAGAUACUUUUAUUAAAAUUUAUUUUGAAAUCUUAUUAAAAUGAUGCCACAUGAAUAUUUAUUACAAAUUGGUUAAAUUUGUUUUUGUAACCAUUGGAAGCAUCUACUCUUUAGUUAAUUGCAAAGUGAUGUGCUUUCCCUCUUUUAUCGUACUUUAUUUUUUUGUACCUGAAGCAGCUCUUGUGGAAUGUUUUUUCCUGCCGUUUUCUGUAAUUUUGAAAUUUUCAUAUUUUUUGUGGGAAACCCAUUCUUGUUAUUUGUCAGUUUCAAGCUUUGAGUGAUUUAUAAACUUCAAGUAUAUUGUCUGACAUUAAAAUUAAUGAAAAUGCAUCACAUAGCAAAAUGGGUAAAGAUAAUGUAAUUGUUAUUUCUGAGUAAGUUAAUUUUUAAUUCCUGAAAUCACUUCUGAAAAUUCCCAUGUAAAUGUUUUCGUAAUUUGUCGCUGAUAAACUUGGAACAUUAUUCUAACUAUAGAAUUGUAAUUCCGUAAGUACUGACUUUUCAUUAAUAAUGAUAUUUGUAGUUGUGUGUACAGUAUGAAUUGGGUCUCAUGCUUAAAAGACUUAGUUUGAUAAUGCACAAAUAUUAAGUCUUGACGACUUUCCUCAGAUAUCCCUCAUUUAAAAUAUCCAUUGUGUUAUUGAUAGUUGACCAAUAUUUUUGGGUUUGGGGCACUCACAAUUGGAGCAACGAAGUUUUAAGUAACGGAAUGUGUCCUUAGCGUGGCCUCCCCUGCUUUUUAUAUCGUGAAACUGCUGUGCUGUUGCUGGCAAAAAGCUCUUGAGCAACAUAAUGAGCAAUGAGGAUACAUUUCCUCCUUUUGAGAGGAAUGCAUGCUACCAUGACCAUUUUUCUAAUUUGUUAAUCUAAGAGAAUAGUACUACAACCCAAUAUUUCAGAUUUGAAUCAUUAGAAUUUUUGUAUGAAGUAUUAUGAAUCUCUUUCCUGUGCAAUAUCUAGAUCUCUUCAUAGGUAUGAUAGUGGCUUGUGAAAAUUCAUAAAGCAGUAGUCACCUACAAUUGCUUAAAAAAAAGUGGUAGGAUUUAGGUAGGCCCAGUUUUCCAGGAAAGGCAUGAUUUUAAACAUAGCGAACUUGUGAUACUAAAUAGCAACUCUCUAAUUAAAUAAAUAAAAGGUGUGAUCUGGUAUCAAAUAUGAAUAUUUGAUUCUGGAUAACACCUUUUUAUUUAUUUAAUUAUUAGAAGGGAUCUAUCUUGCCAGCGAUUUUAUUAAAGGAACUAUCUGUAUUCACUUGCAGUAAAAUGUAACUCCUUAACUGAGUAAUACAGUGAAUAAUGGAUUGAUAUUUCCAAAUAGAUAAGACCAUUUCAUUUGUUACUUGGUUUUUCAUAUGUUGUUGAAAUUUCUAUUUAAAUAUUUAUUUUAAAUAUAAACGUCAAAAGUUUGUCUGCAGCAACCUGUAAAUGUUUGAGAAUAUAGUUAUAUAGUGACAGGUUACUGUUGUGAAAAAUUAAGCUUACAUUUUCAUGUUAAUUGUUAAAAGAUGUAUAUUUUAAUUAAUGAAGACAAAAGUUAUUUUUAAUGGAUACCAACUCCUGCAAGUUUGGAGGUGCUCUAAUUCCUUUAUAUAUGAAGAUUGAUAUUUUUGUGAAAAUGGCACCAAGAUUCUGUGAUUAUUGUCGAUAAGUGAAUAUUUCUUUAAUCUAAUGUUUUAUAUUUAAGAAAUCUCAAGGUUUUAAAUCUGCAUUUUUUUUUUCUGCAGCAUUUUAAAAAACUUCAGUAGAUGUAGGCACCUCUGAAUCAGGUUGUACUUUUAUUUUCAUAAUGGAAUCCGGAACGGUUGAUAGACAAAUAUUGUAUUAACCAGUGAUCAAUUUUAUUUGGAGAUUGCAUCAGCUACUUCAGGGUUACUGAUAUAUUCAGUAUCUGUCACUCCACGUUCAUCUCGGUUGCUAGUAUUAGCUCCAGAGUAUCUUAUAGGUUUGUUGGCAUAUUAGAUAAUUUAGGAACUCUGUGCAGAAUAUGAAUGUUAAAGAAAUCAGAAAAGAAAAGGAAACUUGUCUUAACUUAUGAACAUGCAUGAUAACACACAAUAUUUAGAUAUAAUUGUUUGAAAAGUAAUGUAGGUUUAAAAGCAUUCAAAUCAUGAGCAUCACUGCCAUGUAAAAUUGGAGGGAGGGUAUCAGAGGAAAUAAUUGCUUGCAUAUUCAAGAAAUUGUUGUUUAAAGCCUCAAUUUAUCUAUAGAUUUUUUGGAGUUAACAAGGAGCAAGCGGUAGGUCAAACUAUGUCAUAUCUAUUCAUGUAUCCAAUUAUACACACUAUUAACUUAGGAAACAAUAAAUAACAUUUUUAAAAAGGUUCACAUUAUUGACUUAAGUAAAAAUGAAUUAUCUUAAACCAAAUCACAUACUAUCAAUUUUGUAAUGCUGAUAAGACUGAAGAUUGCUGUGUUAAUGUUACUGGCCACUAAUGUGUCUUGGUUGAGAAGCUCCAGCAAAUCUUGUUGUGUGGCAGGUAAAAUUUUAAUGAAUUUUUAGUGAUAAAAUUUUUCAAUAACAACUAUGUAUGUGAUGCUAUUUCUCAAGUACAUUUAUCUCUUUGAAGGAAGUUAAAGUUCAGCUCUUAUUUGCAGUUCUAUUAUAUUUCUACCUGAAAGCAUACUGACAAGUAACUCAACCUAGUUAAUAUAUGUGUUAAUGAUAAAAAAUGAAAUGAGAACAAAACUACUGAUUAUUGGGUGGGUCAUUGACCUCCCCCCUCCUCACCAGCGAUGCUUGUGAUUCAAAUUGCAUUUGUUUUUAUUUUCUAGGUCAAAGUUAAUUUUUAAAUUUUUUAUAACAUUUUAUGUAUAGUUCUAUACUCUUGUGAUAAGAUAGUCUUGCUUAGCUGUGGCUUAUCCCAAUUUUGUAUGUAUAGUGAUUUGAUCUUUUAAUCUGCACCUAAGCGUGUUGAGUUUUUGAGACCUGGUUGUGUAUAUAUAUUUAUUUAUAUAAGGUGUUAUGUAGUGCAAAAUAAACUACUGCUGUAUUGUAAUUUAAGGUAAAUAAUGAUAAAGCAAUAAGAUAUACAAUAAAGCAUACAAGUUUUCUUUCUAGCAAGGAAUUGCCAAAGACUAUUUUUCUUAUGAUUACAUAUGAUCAGAUAGAUUCUUUCCGUCAGUUUCUUUGAUAUUUUCCACGACAUUGUGCUUUAAUUAGAAUUAUGCAGGGUAAAUAUGUCAAACAGUUUAUUCAGUGGGAAUGAGCGCAGAACUAGUGUGUUUUUGGUGAGCAUUUACAAUGAAGACCUAGUGGAAAGGCAUCACAUUUACUGGUCAUGUUUUAAUUACAAAAAACUUGUGAAGGGUAGUCCAAUUUCAUGGCAAGGGUCCAGCCUACACGAUUAACAUAAAAAGUCCUCCAGUCCAAUGCUUUUCCAAAGUAACUCUGAGAUUAAUAAUAAUAUAUUUAUCACAUAAAUACAGCAUAUGCCAUGUAUGACAAGUCAGGAUAUGUAUAUAAUCAUACAAUGCACAAUUCAGAUAUUUCUAAAAAUUAAAUGCAAGACAUAAUAAAUACAAUAUCAUGGAAUGCCAAUUAAUUUUAUAGAUGGUAGUGUAAGAGGACUAAAAUUAAAAAAAAAAUCAUUCAUCACUCAAUCACAGACUUUGGCUGCAUGCUCAUUGGCUUUUUCUGACAUUUAUCCUACCUGGGUUGGUAUAUUUGCAUAAUCAUAACACCAUU